AUGUCUUCCUCCGAGUACGAUGUCUUCCUCAGCUUCCGGGGGAUGGACACGCGCACGACGUUCACCGACCAUCUUUACCACUCGCUGAAGCGCGUUGCCACGGUAUUUCGGGACAGCGAGGGGUUGGAGAGGGGCAAGGAGAUGAGCGAGCUGUUUGGGGUGAUCGAGAGGUCGGAGAUCUUCAUACCCAUUUUCUCCGGCAACUAUGCCGACUCCAAAUGGUGUCUCCAGGAGAUCGAGAGAAUCGUAAAGGUAGCUGUUGAAGGAGAACGCAGGAGGUUGAUACUUCCUGUUUUCUACAGAACAGAGCCCACCCAUGUGCGACACCAGACAGGACCGUUUGAAGCCCCUUUCCGGAAGCAUGAGGAAGACGAUAAGGUGGAGGAGGAAACGGUGAAGAAAUGGAGGGAGGCGUUGAGUAUAGCAGCAGGCUUUUCUGGCUACGAAAGAAAAAAUGCGUCGUACCUGAUGGACUCGUCAAGGAUGCUUCAUAUUUUCAAAGAAGACAUCACAAUAACCAAUACUGGUGAAGGAACUUGCAUGCUUCAGAGAAUUUUGCAGAACAACAGUGUCUUGAUCGUUCUUGAUGAUGUUGAUCAAGUAGAGCAAGUUGAAGCACUUGAUUGA